CUUGGUCUUGGGCUUUAGGCCCAACACAUAAUGGGCCUUCUCUUUCCUUAGUCCUAAAUUGAGUUUGAGAUUUGGUCUGAAAAUCUCUCUCCCUCCGAUCGAGAUUGGCUCUCCGGUCGCCGCUUUGCUCCGUUGCCAUUUUCCCCUCCGAUCACUUCUUCCAUUCGCUAAAGCUAACAAAGAAGAAGAAUGAGGAUAGCUCUUCCUCAUCAUCAUCAUCAACAUCAUCAUCGGUUUCUCCGAAAUCUCAGAAACCUCUGCACUUUCUCCAAAGGUAACAACGAAGAAAGCGACACUCGCUUCGUUUCGAUCUUAAACGACAUAGUACGCGGUGACAAGAGCUGGACAAUUGCAUUAAACGACACCUUCAUUUCCAGAACAUUGAAGCCUCACCAUAUAGAAAAGCUGUUGAUCAAAACUUUGGAUGAUUCCAGGUUAGCCUUGAGAUUCUUCAACUUCUUAGGUCUUCACAGAGGCUUUACUCAUUCAACGAAGUCGUUUAGUAUUCUGAUUCAUUCUUUGGUUCAGUCUAAGCUGUUUUGGCCAGCCUCGUCGUUAUUGCAAACCCUUCUUCUUCGUGGAUUAAAUCCUAAUGAGUGUUAUGUUCAAAAUAGGAAAUUUAUGGAUGGUGUUAUAGUUUUGAAGCUCAUGAGGGAUUGUAGAUUGGUGGAGUUAUUGCCUGAGGUUAGAACUUUGAGUAGUUUGUUGAAUGGACUUGUGAGAAUUAGGCAAUUCAAACUUGUUGUUGAAUUGUUUUAUGAGUUUGUGAAUAAAGGUCUUCAGCCUGAUGUUUAUGUGUACACCAUUGUUGUUAAAAGUUUGUGUGAAAUGAAGGAUUUUAACCAAGCUGAGAAUGUGAUUGAUUGUGCUGAAUCUAAUGGGUGUGAAUUGAGUGUUGUAAUGUAUAAUGUGUUUAUUCAUGGGCUUUGUAAGAGCUACAAGGCGAGUAAGGCGAUUGAGGUUAAGAACUUGUUGAGUCGAAAGGGAUUGAGAGCGGAUAUUGUUACGUAUUGUACUUUGGUGCUUGGGUUUUGUAGAGUUCAAGAGUUUGAGGUUGGUAUGGGAUUGUUGUAUGAGAUGAUUGAAUUGGGGCUUGUUCCUAGCGAGGCAGCUGUUUCGAGUGUUGUGGAGGGAUUGAGGAAGAAGGGGAUGAUUGAAGUGGCUUUUGAUUUGGUUAAUGAUGUUGGUAAAGUUGGGGUUGUACCUAAUUUGUUUGUUUAUAAUUCUUUGAUUAAUUCUUUGUGCAAAGAUGGGAAGGUAGACAAGGCGGAAUCACUUUUUAAUAAGAUGGGGACGAAGGAUUUGUUUCCGAAUGAUAUUACUUAUUCUAUUUUGAUAGAUUCUUUCUGCAGAAGUGGUAAAAUGGAUGCUGCUGUACGAUAUUUCGAUAGAAUGAGCGAGACUGGGAUAAAAGCAACGGUGUAUACGUACAAUUCUUUGAUAAAUGGGGCGUGUAAGUUCGGGGAUCAAGCUGCAGCGAAGUCUUUCUUCACCGAAAUGAUCAGAAAAGGUGUAAUGCCAAAUGUUGUAACCUAUACAUCACUGAUAAGCGGGACUUGCAAAUCUGGAGAAUUAACCGAGGCAUUUCGACUAUAUCAUGAAAUGACUGGGAAGGGCAUUGCGCCUAAUAUUUACACAUUCACUGCUCUCAUUUCUGUCCUUUGUCGGGUGAAUUUGAUGCUUGAAGCAAGUAAACUUUUCAAUGAAAUGAUCGAAAGAAGAAUUAUGCCCAAUGAGGUUACUUACAAUGUCAUGAUAGAUGGUUACUGUAGGGAAGGGAACACCACAAGUGCCUUUGAACUGUUUCAUGAAAUGGUGAAGAGGGGUCUUACGCCCGACACAUAUACUUACAGAGCUCUAAUAAGUGGUCUAUGCACUACAGGUAGAGUUUCCGAAGCCAAUGAUUUUGUAAACCACCUUCAUAAUGAGAACUGUAAUUUAAAUGAGAUGUGUUACAGUGCACUUCUACUCGGUUUAUGCAAGGACGGGAGAGUAAAAGAUGCAUUGGGUGCUUGUCGCGAGAUGCUCGAAAGAGGUAUUGACUUGGAUCUGGUUUGUUAUGCUAUACUUGUUUAUGGAACUUUAAAGCAACAGGAUACCGAAAAGCUCUUCAGUGUCUUGAAGAAGAUGCGUGAUCAACAACUGAGACCUGAUAAUGUAAUAUACACGAGUAUUAUCGAUGCAUAUGGAAAAUCGGGGAAGUUUAAGGAGGCUUUCGGGGUUUGGAACAUUAUGGUUGGCGAAGGCUGCAUUCCUAACGUUGUAACGUAUACGUCCUUGAUACACGGCUUAUGCAAAGCUGGAUAUCUACAUCAAGUAGAGCUUCUUUACAAUGACAUGAUGAAUGGCAACUCUCUUCCGAAUCAUGUAACGUACGGUUGUUUCUUGGACCACCUUAGCAACGAAGGAGAAAUGGAUAAAGCCCUACAACUCCACGAGACCAUGCUCGAAGGGUGUUUAGCUAACACUGUAACGUACAACAUUCUCAUUCGAGGUUUUUGCAAAAUGGGGAAGUUCGAGGAGGCCUCCAAACUCCUCGUUGGAAUGACAAACCAUGGCGUUUUUCCAGAUUGCGUUACCUAUUCAACCUUUAUCUACGAGCAUUGUAGACGGGGCAAUUUGCACGAUGCAAUCAGACUCUGGGAUACCAUGCUCGAUAAGGGUUUGAAGCCUGAUACGCUGGCGUAUAAUUUUGUGAUAUACGGUUGUUGUGUCAAUGGGGAAACGGGGAAGGCGUUCGAGUUGCGUGAUGACAUGAUUAGACGAGGGUUGAAGCCGGAUCGAUUUACGCAUAACUCACUCAUGCGUGCAACCAACUUGCAUAGUUAGCAAGCAUAGAUUAACAACAUAGGAAAUGAAAUUUGCUAAAGUAAAAUCUCUCAAUUUUUUUUUAUUGAGCAAACAAGUGAUUCACUUGUGUGGCAACAAGUUUUGUAAUGUUGUUUGUGAUAUUUUUGUAUAUUAUUAUUAUUAUUACUAA